UUGGGAUUUUGUUCUUUUACUGCGAUUCAAUUGUUCCAUUGAAACCUUCCAGACGUUAUAUACUGGGCUAGUUUUUCUUCUGUUCCUUCAUUGCCCUGCCUGCGACGAUGGUUCAAUGGUCAUGGACAGUUUCUAAAGGGAUUGUGCUAUGGUUCAUAUCAGCCAUCUCAUCCGGUACACACGGACAAACCGUCACAGACACCACUGUACCAUCUGCCUUGACAACCUCUGCCCAAAACCGUACCGGCUGCUAUCCAGGGAGUGGUAAGACCAGUUCUGGAACCUGUGUCGCUGAUUGCAUUGUGAACAGCUGGGGAGACUGGAGUCCCUGUUCAGACUCCUGCAAUCCUGGUGCACAGCGCCGUGUGCGCUACAUCAUACGACGUGAGGAUGGAGGAAAUGCGUGUCCGACUUUGCAAGAACUGAAACCUUGCAACGAUGGUUAUCGGCGGUGCAACAUUGACGGACGGUGUUUACGACACGGAUUCAUCGACAACGCAACGUGUCGAUACUGCAAUGCUUCAAACACGACGAACAGUGCUUGGCAGAAGCAGACCGGGGCCAGCUGCAAUGACCGAAGGCCAUGUACAGAGAAUGACACGUGCAUUGAUGGGAGAUGCUUGGGCAUUCACUACAGCUGCUCGUCGUGCGAGGAUUGUGACGGAGAGGGCGGCUGCAUUGCCAAACGUCGAUAUUGUCGCAUUCAGGGGAGAUGCUAUGUCAACGGCGAGAGAAACAUGCAGUCGAGGGACUGUCAGUACUGUAACAGUGGGCUCAGAGGGUCCAACAGCUGGCAGAAUGAACCGAAUGGCACGACCUGCUCUGACGGAGACAUCUGUACGCGGAAAGACAUUUGUAACCAGCAUGGUCAAUGUCAGCCAGGAUACAACUACAAACAUGAGUGUGUAUCACCUUGCCAGGCCUGCAGUGCAUCAGGUUACUGUGCUAAUGUCAAGGGAUGUGCUAUCAACGGCAAAUGUGGAUGCUGGAUCGGGGGACAGUGCUAUGCAGAAGGCACGCCACAACCUGGACGAAAGUGUAACGAAUGCAAUUUUAAUCAAAAUCCUUAUGGAUGGUCAAGAAUGGCUGACGGGACAGGAUGUAAUGAUGAUCGAUCUUGCACGUACAAUGAUAGAUGCGUGUCUGGAAUGUGCAGUGGAACCCUGUACUCCUGUUUAAAAGCAGGACCGUGCAUGGCUACGAACGUAUGCAAUGGAAGUGCACCUCCUGACGGCUGUGUACCAACAUACCAUGGAACGUCAGCUAUAUGCUAUCACAAUCAAGACGAAUGCGACCAUCCGGACACAUAUUGCACUGGAACUUCAGCAUCUUGUCCGCAGACCACUUUGAAACUCCUAGGUGGAAUACGCAUGGGCUCAAUCGCCUUUCAACAGCUACCUGAUGGCUCCAGCCUUCCAACAGGCCCCGUACAUGCCUUCAAUCAUAGUCUUGUCAAUGGAGUGUAUAUGACAGGCAAUUCUUCAGUGCAGGUUGAAUUACAUGGAUAUUCCGUACUGUGCGGGAACCUAACUUACUCCAUCCAACUCCUCCACAUGAAGUCCACUUUCCAAAGCGAGGAUGCAGUUGCGUUGAUGGAUGGAACCAUCACGAGAAGAAUUCUCUCGGAGAGUAACGUAACCCUGCGCGUUGUCCUGGAUGCCCGUCUACUUCACAAGGAGAUAUACACGGUGUCAGUCACUGUAUACGAUACUCGCAACAACUCUGCGACAUCACGAUCACCUCCCCUACUGGUGGACAAUACCGCUCCAGUGUUUGGUGGCGUGAUACAUGAUGGGGUAGGUGGCAAUCCACGUCUAGACGAUAGUUACCAGUCCAGCCUGAACACUGUGACUGUUCAUUGGGCAGUUGCUGGUAUCAGAGAUCUUGAAAGUGGCGUUGACCUCAACAGCUACAAAAUGUCUAUAGGGACAUCGAUCGGUACUGGCAAUAUUCUGUCUUCUCGUCCAUGCGCUGCCGUUGAUGUUAUCGCAGGACGAUGCACAGCCACGGGCCUCACUAUGGUCAGUGGUACCAAGUAUUACUGCACACUUGAAGUCGCUAACAGAGUGGGGCUUGUGUCCAGGUUUACUUCAGAUGGCAUCACGCCCGACGACUCAGCUGCCGAUCCUGGGUUGAUUUCACUCAGCAUGCCCAGAGACUUGUCUGAUGUGCAAUACGUGCUGAACAGUAGAACAUUGAGUUUCUCGUUCACUUUGUUGAACACCAGCGAUCCUCAGAGCCAUGUAGCAUCUCUUCGCUGGAGGAUCUGUGACACGACUAAGUCCCGGGAAGUAUGCUCUCGCCAGGACUAUUCGGAGUUUCAUUGUCCUUCUAUUCCUUGCACUGUGCACAUUGUGCAAGCUGAGGAUAGCCCACUAGUUGCAGAUGGAGCAUUCCUUGACAAUCAUCGUUAUGAUGUGAGGGUCAAGGCAAUGAAUGGUGCCAGUCUGGAGUCAACAACAACUCAGGAAUUCUUGGUAGAUCUGAGUGCUCCUAACACUGGAUAUGUCAGCCAUGUUUUGACUAGCGCUGAGAAAACGUUGCCGGACAUGUUCUCUACUCUAAAGUGUACCUGGAGUGGGUUUUACGAUGUCGGGCUGGGCAUCCACCAUUACGAAGUAUCCAUUGUAUCAAUAUCGGCCUACAACAGAACUGUCCCCGUGCUGGCAAUGCCACGUACCACUGUGAGCAACGACACAACAGCCUUAGAAAGCAGUCUGCACUUAUCACCUGAAAUGCUGUACACUAGUUGUGUUACGGCGGUGGACAAGGCCUGGAACACGAUGACACGCUGCUCAAACGAAAUUACUAUUGAUCCAUAGCCAUCUGCAGCAGACUCGGCGAGUCGAGACGUCUAGUGUUGCCUAUGCCUUACAUGUAUCAUUAGGCACACAAGAAAAAAAACUAAUUGGCUUUCGCAGAUAGUUUAUGUCGCACAAGUUACAAAAAUAAUUUAAUUCCAUCACAACCGUUUACACAUAUUUUGAGCAUUGGGAGGUUUUUUCAACAUUUACAUGUGUAUCAGAGUCACGUGUACUCAUAAUGCAGGCAUCUCCACCAGGUGAACCCAACACACCAUGUACAUAUUCCUAUGCCAAUUUGAAUACUUAUUAGAAGGUUGUUGUUGGUUUGUGCUUCGAAGAUGUGUUGGAGCUACAAGCUUAUAAAACUCUCAUAAAACUGUAGGUGUCAGGUCGUUGAAUGUCUCAAUAUUAGGGCUGAAACGAUCAUCCAUUUAGCCCAAUCGAUUACUCUUUAUCAUAACGAUCGAUUAUUCGAUUAUAAUCUUUAAGAGGCCGCACCUGGAAUAUGUACGUAGAAUGGCCAAAAGUGGAAAUAUGUACACAAUUUUGCACAAAAAAGUGUUAUGUAUGCAGACCGGACGCGACCUUGACCUUCGACAGUUUGAGCUUCAUGCUCCAGCUUCGUUGUACAGUACAAUGUAGGACUGUUUUUCGAUUUUGACAGCAUGUAACAAGGCGAGUCGCGCGUGCAGUGCGUAAGAAAUUGAAAAUUAAAAAAACGCAAAAUAAUCGUAAUCGGUAAUCUAAACGAUUGCUCGAUCGUUAGAGUUAUCAAACGAGUACUCGAUUAUUCGGUAUAAUCGUUUCAGCCCUACUCAAUAUCCCUGUCAGUUUUGUGCCUUGUUGUCGCACUAUCUGACUGUAUAAUUGUCUCCUUACCUUGGUGACCUGUUAGUCAUAACUAGUAACUUGUUGGUCCUUUCUCUCUUACAUGAAUACUAUUGGCUCACCACCCGAGUUCAGUUCUUUAUAGUAGAGUUGGUCAAACGAAGAUAAGUGCUGCAACCCACAGUCGAGUGGGUUUUUAUUCAACUUUUUAACCUUUAGCCAUGCAUGUAGUUCGAAGUAUGUAAUACAGAACUCAAAUCAAGUAUUCAUAGUAUUCAAUGGUAUUAGUUUACACAAAAAAGGCGAA